AUGGCUCCGCAGCAUUCAGAUCUCGACGUCGCGGCCACUAGGCUGGACUUGAGCAAGAAGAGUCGCGGCAAUCAGCGAAUGCAGCGUAUCGAAACAGCAAUCCGGUCAUUUCGCGUCCUGAGAGGACUUUCGCCAGAAGAAGUGGAUUCCUUUAUGAACUCAUAUGUCAUCUACGACCUCGAUUGGGCAGACGAAAAGAUGAUGAUUGAGACUCUGGGCCCAGAUUAUCAGAAGAAAGUGGGCGCAUGCCUUGCGGACUAUUACAAAGUAUUAAAUCAUCUUUGUGCGAUUGGCGAGCUGGAAAAGAUGUACAUCCCUCCGGCAAUGGACCUCAAGGAAAGCAUUACGAUGAACCAGAUACUCUACGAGGAAAGCAUCGCCAAGGAACUUCAUUUGCCUCCCAACGCAAAAAUACUGGAUUUAGGUUGCGGACGCGGGCGAGUUGCCGCUCAUAUAUCCAGGAUCACAGGGAAUGCUCAGGUGACGGGCCUCAACAUCGAUGCAGACCAAAUUGCUAGUGCCAAAGCCUUCGACAAGGCCAUGAACCUCUCGAAUAAUUUCAUCACCGCCGACUUCAACGACUUACCGUUGCCCUUUCCAGACAACUAUUUCGAUGCAUUUUACCAGAUCCAGGCGUUCAGCUUGGCAAAGGAUCAUGCGAAGCUGUGUCGGGAACUCUAUCGGGUCCUGAGACCAGGCGCGAGGCUUUCACUGCUGGAUUGGGCGAGCUUAGAGGCAUACAACCCGGAGGAUCCUCAUCACCAGAAACUCAUGCGACGCAUCAAGCCGCUCAUCGGCGCAGUGGGGACCCCCACGCCACACAGCAUGGAGGAGGCUCUCGAAAGCUCCGGCUUUGUGAUGUUGGAGUCCAACAACGCUAGUAUUGACGGCCUACAAGCGCCGCUGAUCGAGCGGGCCGAUGGGUACUUCCGAACUGCUCGGAAGGCGCUCCUGGGACUUGUACGAGUGGGUCUCCUCCCUGCACAUUUCAGGACGCUUUUCAACCGCCUGACCCAAGACUGCGAUGCUUUCGUGGAAGCAGACCGUGCGAGGUUGAUCACGACGAGCUACCACUGGCUUGCCGAAAAGCCUUUGACCGCUUCUCCCGCCCACUCGGAGGUGGCUCUUCACGCGGAUUCGGGGUACAGUUCGCAGACUGCUGUAAGCAUUUCAGCAUCGCCAGCUGGCUCGGCUCGAGCUGUCAAACCAGACGCUUAG